AUGGACGGCAUCGGUUACAGGCAAAUGGGUCAGCUCUUUGUCAUGGGCUUUGAUGGAACUAGUGUGAAUCCGCAGAUUCGGUCACUUAUCGAGGACUACCAUCUUGGUUCAAUCAUCCUGACUGCUAAGAAUCUUAAAUCGGCAGAGGAGACCACGAAGCUCGUGCUGGAGCUACAAACAAUCGCCCGAGAUGCUGGGCACUCUGCCCCCCUUAUGAUUGGCCUUGACCAAGAGAAUGGUGGUGUUAAUAGUCUAUUCGAUGAAAUCUAUAUCCGUCAGUUUCCCAGCUCUAUGGGAAUCGCAGCCACGAAGUCGAAGACUCUAGCAAGAGAGGUGGCGAAAGCUACAGCUCAAGAACUCAGCGCUGUUGGUGUUAAUUGGAUCCUCGGUCCGGUUCUAGAUGUCCUAAACAACGCAAGAAGCCAACCAUUAGGUGUCAGAAGUAUUGGAGACGAUGCGCAAGAGGUAUCCGCGUACGGAGUCGAGUUCAUGAAAGGGUAUCAAGAAGCAGGCUUAGUGACUUGUGGAAAACAUUUUCCGUCUUACGGAAACCUCGAUUUUUUAGGAAACCAAAGCGACGUUCCUGUUAUCAAAGAAAGCCUUGAGCAGCUGAGUAUGAAUGCGCUUGUCCCAUUUCGAAAUGCUAUCACCCAAGGUUUAGAUUCAAUGAUGGUUGGUGGUUGUGCGAUGUCAUCUGCUGGCAUGAACGUUAUGCAUGCAUGCUUAUCGGAACAGGUCGUCGAUGACUUACUUCGAAAAGACCUUGAAUUCAAGGGCGUUGUCGUGUCCGAGUGCUUGGAAAUGGAGGCCCUCAGUUACAACAUUGGAGUAGGAGGGGGAACAGUGAUGGCCGUGAAAGCUGGUUGCGACUUGAUACUGCUUUGCCGAUCCUUCUCAGUUCAACAGGAAGCAAUUGAUGGCUUAAGGCUAGGAGUCGAAAACGGCAUGAUUAGCAAAGAACGCAUCCAGCAAUCGCUCAAAAGAGUAUUUGAUAUGAAAUCCCGUUGCACGUCGUGGGAAAAGGCAUUAAAUCCUCCUGGCAUAAGCCUUCUUUCCAAGAUGCAACCAUCGCACACCAGCCUAUCAACUCGGGCCUACAACAACUCAAUUACUAUCGUUAGAGACAAAAAGAACCUCCUCCCGCUCACUAGUACUCUUGAAUCUGACGAAGAACUCCUCCUUCUCACCCCUUUAAUAAAGCCUCUUCCCGCAUCGGCCGUAUCCCUUUCGAUGAGUAAAAGCACCAGAGAAACCGUUCUUGCUACCGAUGCAGUCUCCUGGGAUCCUAGUGCGUCUAUUAUGAGCGGGGAAAGCGUUUUUCGCGAAUUUGGGCGGUCGUUGGCGCGGCAUCGAAAUGGGCGUGUACUCCAUACUUCCUACACAGCAAAUGGAGUCCGCCCUGUUCAUGAGAACCUUAUCAACCGUGCAAGCGGUGUCAUCGUGGUCACUGCUGAUUCAAACCGAAACCUUUAUCAGCAUGGCUUCACUAAGCACAUUUCGAUGAUUUGCGACGCACAAUUUGCUGAGAACGGAGAGAGACGGCCGAAACCGCUGGUAGUAGUGGCUGUAAGUUCUCCCUAUGACUUUGCCACGGAUCAAUCCGUUGGGACGUAUGUAUGCACAUAUGAUUUUACAGAAACGGCGCUUCAAGCCUUAGUCAAGAUAUUAUGCGGAGACUUGACGGCCAGCGGCUCUCUUCCUGGUACCUUGAGCCGUAAUCAGAAGCUUCAGCAAUCACGGCAGCAUUGGCUUGCGGAGAAUUGGAAUGAAGACCGUGAUGCAAACGCACUAGAUGAACUGCUCACAGCCGUCCGUGAGGAUGGCACGAAUAGCCAGCGAUCUGAACUUGCCGGCGUUACAUCCAAUACAUUCCUGUUGCGAAAUCCAGACGUUGAAGAGGCACAUUUUGUUGUUCGAAAUAGCAGCACCCAAGCUUUAUUGGGAUUUUGCUCGACAUAUUUUUUUAAAUCGACCGGAACUGGAGUCAUUGGUGCUCUAAUCGUCGAUCCCGGGAGGCGAAAGCUGUCGAUCGGAAACUCCUUACACAACCGUGCAAUCCGGUCAUUGAUGCAGAGACAAGGCGUAAGACGAUUCCAGCUGGGCUCACGUCUCCCGGGAAUAUAUCUUGGUAUUCCGACGGGAAAUCCAGUGGAGAGAAAACGCCUCAGACAAUGGUUUGCUAAUCUUGGCUGGAACACGUCUUUGUCCAGACCAGUAUGCACAAUGGUUCUUCGGAAUCUGGAGAAAUGGACGCCUCCAGAAGGUCUGACCCGAAGUUUAACGAGCGCAGAAGUGAGCUAUGAUUUGGUUUAUGGGCCGGAUUAUGCAGAAGCAAUCCUUGACCAUAUCAAGACCAAUUCGAGACAAGGGGUCAUGGAAAUAUACAAGAUAGCCCUAAGUAGUGGGUCAACAUCAAGCGGGAUUAUUCGCGCAAAACGAAAUGAUGACGGCGCUAUCUUGGGUAGCGUUGUUGUGUAUAACGGGGAGUCGCCGCUGGCCGAGUUUGUUCCUGCAGUGAAAGAGGCGCGGGCUGUGGCUGGGGGGAUCUCUUCCGCAGUCAUCUCUCCAUCCGCCGGGGAGUACGCGAUAUUGGUGCAAGGCCUGAUCCUGUUGGGUAUCAAGCAAUUACGUAGUCAGGGGGCCAGUGCGGUGGUUCUAGAUUGUGUGGAUGGAGACGGCAAUUUCGAUAGUCUCUCAGCUAUGGGAUUCUCUGUGCUCCACAGCUUCGACGAGGUGACUUGCGAUGCGGCCACUUGGAAUAUGUUAACCUCGUCAUGA